UAGUACCGAAAAGGGGUCGACUCAUUGGAAGAUGAAGUGUCACUUUCCUGAGACGAAGCUACUGGUCCCACUCUCUAAAUACAAAUCGAAGCAUUCGUGGUGUCCCUGCUGACUGGAAUUUUCGACACAUACCUCAUCUACUUCUUCUGCUUCAUCCAGCAGAGCCAGACUAGUCUGGACACAUACCAGCUGGUGUGGUUCUUCAUCCGGCUCGCAUUCACCAUGCUAGACGUUUUCACCAUGGGAAUAGUGUACUACAAAAUAGCCAGUUCAUCCACCAAUUUGCGCCAGACACUAUCACGUGGUUCGAUCUCGCAUGUAAACCAGAACAACAACACCAACAGCAGCAACAACCAGGACGGAUCCAACCGGGUCUCAAUCGUCCAGAUGACGACCAUCGCGCAGGAUCAUGUCACCAGAGUCGACGAUAAGAGAAGUGAAAAACCGGUUGCGAUUCUCGGACAUGUCAAGAUGGAAGCGCCAAUCACAUCCGAAACAGACGCGUCUUCAUACAACUGUAUAAAUGACAUCAAGCCAAUCACGAAGAAAGUUUCAAUGGAAACUGUUACCAUUAACGAGGACGCUAUAGUAGUAGAUAAUGAUGUCCGAGCAGACAAGCCGCGACCCUCCCUACCCCUCUUGGCCACAUACAAAAAAGGUUCGAUUAUACUGGGUUUGAAGAGCCCGGAUGAAGAUGAACUAAAUAUUGAGCCGGAAGCGAUCCAGGCACAACAAAAACGGAAAUACACUUCACCUAAGAUAUCCGUGACGACUCCGAAACAGAAACAGAGCACAAUGUCCACAAUCAGAUCCUUCUGUUUGUGCGGCUGCCAGAAGCCAACUUUCAAUUUUAGCUCCAGCAUCACCCACCGCGCACUUCGUCGCAACACCGCAGCAACCAACAGCGGGGGGUGCGCGAACAAGAAGAGGUCUUCGACUGAGAAUGCCACCUACGCGCUCUUCAUCAUUAGCGUCGGAUUCAUUGUGUUCAUCACUCCCUACACCGCUAUGUCGGCGUGGCAGUCGUUCUACGUGGAGAGCACAAUUGGGAGCCCAGUGCACGACAUCCUAUUCGAAGUGUCCAUGUUGAUAUUCAACGGGAACUUCAUCUCCAACUACUACGUGUACCUCCUUUUCAAUGUCGUCUUCAGGAACUACGCCACAUCUGUCAACAAGAAGAUAUUCUUCUGCUGCAGUCGCGAUUAGCGCCACACAUCAAGUCAGGCUACUCGACAAAAGGCCCAUACAAAAGGUCCAUAUAGAAUCACUUCAACGGCCAUACUAAAUUCAAAUUGUGAUCAAAUUUAUCAUUCUUAUUUUUAAAUCACAUCUAGAUCGAUAGUUAGAGGGAAUCCACUAUGACGAUGCAUUAAAUCCCAUGGAUUUAAAUCUCCUGGAUUUAAAACCUCUUAAUAGCGUCGAACGCUGAAAAGAUAAAAUUAGCCAAUCAACUGCUUGCUCAAAAACCUCAUCGAAACUACUAAAACUGCGAGACUAAAAUCAAAACGAGCUGAUCACAAGAUAUAAGCAGAUACUAUAAUCGGGCUAAUAUCAAUCAUUCACAUUCUUUUAAUUAUGUUUCCAUUUUCGGCUUUUUCU